GCUGGACUGCCAUGUGUUUUGUAGUUAAGGAGGCAGUCACUACACAUCCAUAGUGUAGAUGCUCUCAGCCUAUAUGUUUGCCUCCAAUUUAAAUUAAAAGUUUAAGAUCAAUGAGGACCGUUUUAUUUGGAUUGCUUUUUAAAAAGUCGUUUUUGAUAAGCUUUCAAGAAACAAGUUGAUUUAGAACUUUAUAUCAUAUGCAAGCUACAAUACAUUAAAUAUUAAUAUGGAUUGCACUUUGGAAGAUAUGCUGCAGCUCAUCAAUAACCAUGACAUGGAGUUCUGCAGUGUUUUUGAUCAUCCCCAGUUCACUGGAGGUGCCGCUACUCAGGACUUCAGAGCCCCCCCCGAGUCCAGUGCUCCUUCAGCCCCCAUGUCAGCUUCCACUCUCCAUCCACAGUCGACUGCCACCUCACACUUAGAUGCCCUGCUGGAUAUUCCUGACCCCGCUACCCUGUACCAGCCCCCACCCCCUGUGCAGUCUCCUCUUCCCCAAAUUUCAACCCCCAGUCACCCCAAGCUCCACCAAACCAUGUUAUCCGGUCAUACGCAGUGCUGGGAGGCCCAGGUUUCAUGCGAUGCUGCAGAAGAUGCAGACUGUCCUCGACAGGCGCCCUCUGUCCCAUCUCAGCAGCAGCAGUCGCAGCUUGCGGUCAGCCAUCACAGUGUGGACGAGUACUCAGCGGUCCGUAGUCAUCAUUCUUCACAGCCCACCUCCAGUCUUACAGCUCCUCUGCAGUCAGCCACAUGUGCAGCCCGGGUUCAAGGUCCAUCCACCGAAUCCCUGCUGACCACAUCGUCAAGUCCCUCCACACAGAUUUUUUCCCAGCACGCUCAGCAAGUUCCUGUGUUCCUCCAGCCCCAGUUCAUCAAAACAGACUCAUUGUUGCUGACCUCCCUUAAGCCCGACAUGGGUUCCAUGAAGCCUCCUUGUGUUACAUGUGCUCCUGUGCAGACUACAUCUCUACAGGCUCUGAUAAAUGGUGGCGCUAUCUUGACCACUGUGCCCAUCAUGGUGGACGCGGAGAAGCUCCCAAUUAGCCGCAUAUCUUCAGCUGGCAAACCGUCAAACAAGGGAGAGAAGCGUACGGCCCACAAUGCCAUAGAAAAGCGAUACCGCAACUCAAUCAAUGACAAGAUCAUUCAGCUUAAAGACUUAGUUGCUGGAACCGACGCCAAGCUGAAUAAGUCGUCGGUAUUGAGAAAGGCGAUCGACUGCAUCCGCUUCCUCCAGCAGUCUAAUCAGAAGCUGAAGCAAGAGAAUAUGACUCUCAAGAUGGCCACCCAGAAAAACAGAUCUCUGAAAGAUCUGGUGGCCCUGGAGGUGGAGGGCCCGGCCUGCGGCGUGACGAGCGAGCUGCUCACGCCUCCACCCUCUAAUGCCGGGUCACCUAUGCACUGCAGCUCCUUCCCCCACUGCAGCAGUGACUCUGAGCCCAGCAGCCCUUUCGGCGGGCUGGUGCUUAAGCAGCCGAAGGUCUCCCGGCGUGAUGUGGCCAUGAUGGAUCGCUCCCGCGUAGCACUCUGCAUCUUCACCUUUCUCUUCCUCUCCCUGAAUCCAAUGGGGUCCCUGCUAAGCAGGGGGAUGGGCGGUACGGGUACUGCGGGCACCACAGGGUACACAGGGACCAGUGGAUCAAGCCGCACCAUCAUGAGUGUGAAAAAUGGAGGAAACGUGGAGGCGGCGGUGUGGAUGCACCCGGCGGUCCCUGUCCUCUCCGCCUGGCUUCUGAAUGGCCUGCUGGUGGCUGCCGUCCUGGUGUGGCUGCUGGUGUACGGGGAACCCCUGACCAGGCCCCACUCCGGCUCAUCUGCCCUGUUCUUGAGGCACUACAAGCAGGCCGAUGAGGACCUCGCCAAGGGAGAUUUCGCCCGGGCUUCACAGAACUUUCAGACUUGCCUGGAGGCUCUGGGGCGCCCCCUGCCUGCAUCUAAGCUGGACCUGCUGUGUGCCGUCCUCUGGGCAGGACUGAGGCUGGGCCUGCAGUGGCUGUGGGUGGGUCGCUGGUUGGCGGGGAAGGCGGGCAGCCUUUGGCCGGAUCCGCCCUCACAGAGCGACGGUCGUGCCAGCUGUGCAGACGCAGCCCUUGUUUACCACCGGCUGCACCAGCUGCACUUGAUGGGAAAGCUGGGAGGUGGCAGCCUCUCUGGCCUGCACGCAGCCCUGAGCGCGGUGAACCUGGCCGAGUGCUCGGGGGACAGGCUGGCUGCGGCCACACUGGCCCGGAUCCACGUCUGUGCCGCACUGGGAGUCAAGGCCAGCCUGCCGCGGGGCCUGCGCUUCGCCGCCUGGGUAUUCCUGAGCAGUGCGCGUCGCGUCUGCCUCGCCCCUGGCUCCUGCGUCCCCCCAGACAUGCGCUGGCUCUCUCACCCCCUGGGUCUCCGCUUCUUCAUGGACGGGCAGUGGACUGUGCACGGCUCUCCAAGGGACAGUGUCUACAGCCAGGCCAGGAGCAAAGCGGAGCCCCUGGCCCAGGUGAUGCAGGCAUUUCGGGAGCACCUUCUGGAGAAGGCCCUGCUGUGUGUGCUCUCCUCACCAAAGGACAAGACCCCCGGGGAGGGAGAGGGGGAGUAUUGCCAGGCUCUGGAGUACCUCCAGCUGCUCAUCAGCUUCUCAGACGCUGAGGUCUCCAUGCAGUCUGUGGCCCUGGGGUCCGGCCUGGCAGCAGUCACUGGAUGCGACAUCCACUCCAGAUGGUGGGCCUCUAGGAUGGGGGUCAUGAUCAGUUGGCGCCAAGGAGAAAAAGAUGCUGCAGAGAAACUCUGUGCAGCUGUGGAGGACUUGCCUGUGAGCCUGCAGGCACAGGAGAACCCUUUGCCCAGAGCCGCCCAGUUCACAUUCAGGGCGAUACAGGCCAUCCAGGGCCAAAGGGAGAACUGGCAGCUGAGCCUAGGAUACAGUGAGAGGGCUAGCGGGCUCCUGAAGGACAGCCUGAGCCGGGACCCCCCCGGCCGUGCCGGGGUCAUUGACAAGCUACUGCAGGUGCUGCUGUGCGACCUGCUCCUGGUCACGCGUUCCACCGUGUGGCACCGUCAGCAAGGCUCCCUGCCCGGUGGUCUCCUCCCGGCCCCUGUGCAGCAGCUUCACGGCUUUCAGCAGGACCUGAGCUCCCUGAGGAAGCUGGUGCAGAGCUUCAGGCCUGGCACACACAGGCUGUUCCUGCACGAGGCCACAGCGAGGCUGAUGGCGGGAGUCAGCCCCGUACGCGGCCAGCAGUACCUGCGCCUCUGCCUGCGGCGUCGCACCACGUCGGCCAGCACGUCAGGUGAACCUUGAGAUCUGAUGACAGGACGGCCAGGAUGCUCCGUUAGCGACACCUGCGUGGGGGCAGUCACUUUUACUGUCGCUCAUAUCCCUCAUUUGCUGAAACUUACUAUGUUUUGGUAGUUACUCAAAAUUUAUGAUGUGUAAUAUUGCAUUUUCUAUUACACAUACUAUUUAAUAUUGUAUUCCUCAUUUGAAUAACACCAUUUCAUUCUGCCUUUCAUAAUUAAUAUGAAUUCAUACGAUUUCCUAAUUAAGUGUUUCUCAAGCCAGUCCUCGGUGACCCCUCCCAGCUCCCAGCACACCGGUACCACGCCCAUACCCAGAAAUAAAUUUCAUCCAUCCAUCCAUUUUCCAAACUGCUUAUCCUACUGGGUCGCGGGGGGUCCGGAGCCUAUCCUGGAAGUAAUGGACACGAGGCAGGGAGCAACCCAGGAUAGGGGGCCAGCCCAUCGCAGGGCACACUCACACACCAGUCACUCACACACGCACACCUACAGGCAAUUUAGCAGCUCCAAUUAGCCUCAGCAUGUUUUUGGACUGUGGGGGGAAACCGGAGUACCCGGAGGAAACCCCAUGACGACAUGGGGAGAACAUGCAAACUCCGCACACAUGUGACCCAGGCGGAGACUCGAAAUCGGGUCAGAGAGGUGUGAGGCAACAGUGCUAACCACUGCACCACCAUGCCACCCCCAAUAAAUUUCAUGGGGGGUCUAAUAAAUUUCAAAUUUACUAACUGGCUGCAUGUCCGAUCAGUAACAAAAAACAUUCAGGCUUCACACUCUGUGUUUUACUCUGCAUACGCGCCUGACCUGCAGCAGGUACUCGGCAUCCUUGAUGGCCUGAUUGCUUUCGUUCACUUGUGCUGGGAGAGGGCAGAAACGCGGACCGUCUGGGGCUCCCCGGGGACUGGCUUGAGAAACACUGCUAUGAUUAGGGCAGUAUUUACGUUUAUCAUGUUGCACUCAUCCUUUGCAUUGCUUUCUUCCUGUGGUAUCCUUGCUGCUUGGCUCCUCUCGAUUCAUACUUCAUGCCAUACUCAUGCUUAUGAAACUUUACUCCAUUUACGCUGCUGCUCCCUUGUGUCGCUGGUGCAUUCGUCUCUCCCCGUGAAUCCGCUGGUGUCUCUGCAGAGGAGAGCCGAGCGAGGCCAGGCCCCUGACAGCAGGCCAAGGCCGCGAUGCUGCUGUUCCGCUAUCUGCCCCCCUGCUUGCUGUCUCCUGUCACCCCCCACGUAGCUCAUGCUGAAACUGAACCGUCACACCCAACUCCCGGGGAGAUUUACCAGCCCACCAUUUUAUGCAGCUGCCACUAAACACAUAUAUUUAUAAUUGUGUAAAUGAUAUAAAUUUAAAGAAUGGAACAAGAAUGCUGUUUUAAAUUUAAUGUACAUUGUUCUGAAAUGAAUAAUUAAAUGUGAUCCUAAGGAUAAUGGAAUUUUUUAAAAACACAAUGUGUGACUUAAAUGAACUACCAUUGAAAACAUCCAGUCUUAUUUUCUCGUACAAUUGAUUUGCAAUUUUUGAUAAACUCGCUGCAGUGACAGCAUUUUGCCACUGUGUGGUGCACGGAAGCUUGUAGUCAAGAAGAGAGGGGGGAUUUCACCUUAUCCUGUGUUUUUGCUGCAGGGGAUAAUCUGUGUAUCAGCCUGAUGCACAUUUGAAAAUAGUGAUUUAUGUUUGCAGUCUGGAAUCACGUAGAACUGGGGAUUUGACUUAAGAGGUUUGGAUCGCUGUUGGUGAAACCUGUUUAGUCCCACAUUCACCUGUCAUCGGUGCUAUCUUUCUAAAAUGGAAUGAGUUCAUAUCGGUUGCUUUUAAUUUUAUAAAGCUUUCACUUGAAGAGAUUUCAUUUUUUGUGCAAGAUAAAGCCUGCUGUAUUUAAUUUCCCUAUCUGUACAAAAGGAGCUAGGUGAUUUUAAGCAAUUAAUAAAUAAAAAUAGUGGUUA